AUGCCCAUACGGCUAAUCAAUGUACGGGACGAUGGCUCCCUCAGCCUUGUGGAACGUGAAGAAUCCGACAUACCCCCAUAUGCCAUAUUGUCACAUACUUGGGGCGACGAUGGCGACGAAGUCACGUAUCAAGAUAUGAUUGACCAGACUGGAAAAAACAAAAUUGGUUAUGCCAAGUUGACUUUCUGCGUCCAACAAGUAGCCGUGGACGACCUGCAGUACUUCUGGAUCGAUACCUGCUGCAUCGACAAAUCUAGGAGCGCGGAGCUCUCAGAAGCUAUCACAUCCAUGUUUCGGUGGUACGAGCGGUCCGCUCACUGUUACGUUUAUCUAUCGGACGUCUCAAUGAACAAGCGAAAGGCAGACGAUGAUGGAUGUCUCUCCACUUUGCCAUCAAGUUUCAAAACUAGCAGGUGGUUCACCAGAGGUUGGACCCUUCAAGAGCUUCUCGCCCCACCGCGGCUUACAUUCUUCUCCCGAGAGGGGAAGGAAUUCGGUGAUAAGUCGAUGCUGUUACAACAACUUCACGAAAUUACCCAAUUACCCAUCAAAGCUCUACAGGGCACCCCGCUACGCCAGUUUCCUAUUGCUGACCGACUCAAUUGGAAUAAAACCCGCCAAACUAAGCGCAGUGAAGAUAUGGCCUAUUCGUUACUAGGGAUAUUUGGUAUCAGUAUGUCAGCGAUUUACGGAGAAGGUGGGAAAAUGGCGAUGAAGAGAUUACAGAGAGAGAUCAGAGAACUUGAUGCAAGCGGGAUUGUAUCCUUAGGAGAAGGACAGAGACAUACGCUCAUGGAGUCGCUGCGCUUCGAUCAGAUCGACUCGCGCCACAUGACGAUCAAGAACGCCCAUAUUAGGACGUGCAAGUGGAUUCUGUCUAGUUCCGAAUAUAGACGCUGGCUCGAUGUGAGGUUGCUGCCUGAACACAGUGGUCUCUUAUGGAUCAAGGGGAAGCCAGGUGCUGGAAAGUCAACCUUGAUGAAGUUUGCUUUCGCCAACGCCCGCAGCACGAUGAAGGACGAAGUCGUAGUUGCUUAUUUCUUCAACGCUCGUGGAGAAAUCUUGGAAAGAUCGACCACUGGAACCUACCGAUCAUUGCUAUUGCAGCUUUUUGAGCGGGUUCCAGCGCUACAGUGUGCCUUUGAUUCACUGGGAUUGUCGACUUCAAGCAUAUCCGCCAAUUAUCAAUGGAGUGCCAGUUCCCUUGAAAUGUUGUUCGAGGCUGCAAUCCAAAAUCUUGGAGGAUCCUCAGUGGUCUGCUUCAUCGAUGCUCUAGAUGAGUGCGAUGAGAAACAAAUCCGAGAAAUGAUAGGAUUUCUCGAGCGCGUUAGUGAGCUUGCGGUUUCCUUUGGAGUCCGCUUCAAAGUCUGCCUUUCCAGUCGACAUUACCCAGAGAUUACCAUAAAGAAAGGACUGAGUCUAGUGCUAGAGGGUCAAGAAGGCCAUAGCCAGGAUAUUACCAAAUAUCUUGAAAGCGAGCUUAAGAUCGGAAGCGAGCAGGUUGUUGAGCAGAUUCGAGAAAGGAUUCGAGAUAAAGCGGCUGGAAUCUUCAUGUGGGUUAUUCUGGUCGUGAAUAUAUUGAAUCGGGAAUUUGACCGUGGAAGGAUCCACGCUCUCAAACGACGACUAGAAGAAAUUCCCGAGGAUCUCCACACACUGUUUCGCGAUAUCCUGACGCGUGACUCGCGCAACCAAAACGAACUAAUACUCUGCAUCCAAUGGGUGCUGUUCGCGGAGCAUCCCUUAAGUCCUGUGCAGCUUUACAAUGCCAUCCUUUGUGGAAUCGACCCGAUUGAAUUAUCCCCAUGGGAUUCCGACCUCAUCACAGAGGACACGGUUAGACGCCGCAUCCUCGACGUCUCGAAGGGUCUAACUGAAAUCACAAAAUCCAACACUCCAAAAGUUCAAUUCAUCCAUGAGUCUGUCCGCGACUUUCUCCUC